GUGAUUUGUUUCAGGGAUCAGAUUUAGAUUAUAUUCUACAGAGACCGUAUGGUGAUGAUGAUGAUGAUGAUGAUGAUGAAGGUCCUUGGCCGAGUCCCCCGGUGCCACCCACUAUUUGUCCCCUCCAGUCCCUGCAGCCUGCCCUCCUCGCUGUUCCUCAGCUGGAACAGACCAUCUCAGUGUUCCUCUCCAUACAGCAGGCGGUCACUCACCUGUUCAUAUGGACGACAUUAAUCUGGAGGAUCUCUGGAGCAGCAGCGCCAAGCGGACUGAGACUCACGAACCAUCGGCUCUGUAAACAGGUUUAGUGGGUUUUCCGCGAUGGAGGCAGUGGGGUUCUGGUACCUGGUUUUCCUCUUGGCUUUCUCUGGAGCACUUCAGGAGGAGAAAGGAGAACAAACUCAACCUCUACACGCUGGACCUGGAGAUCAGGGGGACGUUGUGUUGGAGCUGCUGUCUGACCCGCACACACACCGACGCGCAGACUGUGGCUGUAAGUGUGCGGUCAAAGUACCGGGCACGAGCUCGCGCGCUCCGGAGCCAUACACACUGCACAGCGUAGCGUCUCUCCCUGGCUGCGAGUGCGCAUGCGCAGCAACUCCACAGCCAGCGCAGCAACCCUGCCGGGAAGAGCUGAGGGAGAGGAAGAUGGAGCAGUCUGAGAAUGAGAAGCUCCUGGAAAUAAUGGACUUGCUCAAGGACUCUUUCUCCAAAGCAAAUCUGUUAAAGUUGCUCAAGCUGAUCGCCCUCACCGAGGAGCUGCUGGAGCGGGUGGCCAAAAUUGAACGGGUAUUAUUUCAGAACAAGACUUCUGAGAAGAUAAAGGUAGAGAGUGUGCUGCAAGAACCAGAAAUAAAACCCACAUCCAUGCCUUUACCAUGGCAGGAGAACAAAAAGCAACAGAGUGAGAAAGACAGUGAGGCCGCAGCGUAUCAGCACACAAAGAGUAAGUAUGAGGAGAAGUUUGUGGGAGGACCAGAAGACGUUAAAGCUUUACAGGAACAAGAGCAUCAUGAGAAGCAUCAGCACCCAAAGUUGAUUGUUAGAGGGAUCAAAUACUACAAAUCAGAGCCAGUGGAUGAGACCGAAGCAGAAGAGAACAUUGGUGAAGAUGAAGGCCACAGUGGUGAUGGCUCUGUAGACCUCUUUACAGAGGAAGAACUUCUUCCUUUUAGCUCUCCUUCAUUCAGAACUUUCAGCAUCGCAUGGCCGUUUUCAGCCAAUUCCAAAACUCCAACUCAGGAUGAUACAAUAAUACAAAAAGCGCCCAAGCCACGGCUGGAAUCUGAAGAAUCUGCCUCUUCUCUGCCUGUCAAGUUGAAUAUGCUUAAGAACUCAGAACCCACAUUGUCAAGACCCUUCCAGUCCACCACAAAAAGCUUCACCAAGCUCAGAGACUUACAAUAUUCAGCUACAACAGAAAACCUCAGAGUCACUUUGCCCACCACACACUCUACACCCCAAACACCCUCUGGAACAGAGGAAGAAAGAGAGAAGACAACUUUUCAGAUGAUGCUCAACAUGAAAUUAACUUCAAGUAAUAUAAACAUGAAUUCUAAUUCAGCUUCUCCAGAAAUGACUAGAAACAUAGCAAGCACAUCAGCUGCUGUCAUCAGUCAGUUAGGGGACACUCUGAAGACCGAGCAAAUCCACAACAUUGAAACCAUUUCCAGUCUGGCGAAAGAACAAAACACACUGUCAAGUGCAACACCAGCACCAGUUACUCUGAGUCAAACUACUAUCAACCCAGAAACGUAUUCCACCAGAACCACAGAUGAGGGAAGCCACAGUGCUGGGACGAUAGUUACUACCGCCAUCUCGGGAAAAGAAGAAACAACUGAAAGCAUUCUGAGUACAUCUCGUGUAACUGAGGGAGAAACAGAUUUCAGCACAACUGCAUCAAUGACCACAAACAGACUUGUCAAUAGUACUACUAACCUUGGCAAAACUGACAAACACAACACACCCAGCAUCAAUUUGAUUAAAAAACAGCAAGACCCAAAACAAAAGACUAUUAAAGCUAUGGCAGAUGAGCAGGUUAUGGCAAAACCUCGAAGGCAGCCAGGUGAAUGCAAGGACACACUGGCCACAAUUGCAGAACCUAUAACACACAACUCAUAUGGCCGUAAUGAAGGUGCCUGGAUGAAAGACCCAAUGGCUCAAGACAACAAAAUCUAUGUUGCUAAUUAUUAUUAUGGCAACAACCUGCUGGAGUUUCAGAACAUGGAUGUCUUUAAACAAGGUCGUUCCACCAACUUCUAUAAGCUGCCCUAUAGCUGGCUGGGCACAGGUCAUGCAAUCUAUGAUGGUGCCUUUUUCUUCAACCGUGCUUUCUCACGUGACAUCAUCAAGUACGACCUCCGGCGACGGUAUGUGUCUGCCUGGACCAUGUUGCAUGAUGCUGCACAUGGGAGUGAUGAGGUUUCAUCAUGGCGGUGGCAAGGCCGUUCAGAUGUGGAGCUGGCUGUAGAUGAAAGUGGCCUCUGGGUGAUCUACGCGGCAUUGGAUGAUGAGGGCUACUUCCAAGAAGUGAUGGUGCUGAGCCGGCUGAACCCUGAUGACCUGAGCACACAGCGAGAAACCACAUGGAGGACGGGGCUGAGGCGUGAACGCUAUAGCAACGGGUUUAUCGUGUGUGGUGUCCUAUAUGCUACCGAACAGCAUGAAGAUUCGAGGGAGAACAACCUGAGCUAUGCCUUUGAUACACAUACCAAUACACAGAUGACCCCCCGGCUCCCUUUUGGCAAUAAUUCCACUCACAUUGCUCAGAUUGACUAUAACCCCAAAGAAAGGGCUUUGUACACAUGGAACAAUGGCCAGCAGAUGACUUAUGACAUUGCAUUUGCAUAUGUUUACCCACUUUAGAUGGAGAAAGCAGAUUAUUCUAAAGUGAACUAUAUAAAAUUUGGGGAAAUGUAUGCAUAUGAUACAAUAUGUUUAUUAAACAUGGACUGUGGAGCAGUCCGCUGAGCAAUAUUAUCAAA